GCUCACAGCACUUCCUCCCUGAGCCCACGUCCUCGCCUCGAGGCCGGCCCAGCCCAGAGGCGCCAACCGCACAUCUCUGCUCAUUCCGGUGCACUUCAGCUCAGCUCGGCUCAGCUCGGCUCAGCCCCAGCUUCUAGGCUUGCCCCCAACCCCCGCUCGGCAUCCCGGCUCAACCCCGAGCAUCUCCACACAGCUCCCCUCAGCUGUCGAGAUGGGUGAAUCAAACGAAGACAUAGACCAGAUGUUCAGCACUCUGCUGGGGGAGAUGGAUCUCUUGACCCAGAGUUUAGGAGUGGACACUCUUCCUCCUCCAGAGCCCAAGCCACCCCGAGAAGAGUUUAACUACAGUGUGGGGUUUAAGGAUUUAAACGAGUCCUUAAAUGCGCUAGAAGACCAAGAUUUAGAUGCCCUCAUGGCAGAUCUGGUAGCAGAUAUAAGUGAAGCCGAACAGAGAACCAUCCAAGCUCAGAAAGCGUCCUCUCAGCAUCAAGAUCAGUCAGCACCUCCGGAGGCCUCAGCUGGCCGGGGUACAGCUCCACAAGCUUAUGGAGCAGGUGCUGCUGCUGUUGUUGUCAGCCACUAUGAGGAACCUUUACCGCCUCCACCAGCAGAACCCAUGCUGGACCUCCCACCCCCUCCACCUCCUCCUCCUCCUGAACCUCUCUCUAAAGAAGAAGAAGAAGCCCAGGCAAAGGCUGAUAAGAUUAAGUUAGCACUGGAAAAGCUGAAGGAAGCCAAGGUUAAGAAGCUUGUAGUUAAGGUGCACAUGGAUGAUAACAGUACCAAGUCACUGAUGGUGGAUGAGCGACAGUUGGCUCGGGAUGUUCUGGACAAUCUUUUUGAAAAAACCCACUGUGACUGCAAUGUGGACUGGUGCCUUUAUGAAAUAUAUCCCGAAUUACAAAUUGAGAGAAUUUUUGAAGACCAUGAAAAUGUUGUUGAAGUGUUAUCAGACUGGACAAGAGAUACAGAGAACAGAGUACUGUUUUUGGAGAAAGAGGAAAAAUACGCUGUGUUUAAAAACCCUCAGAAUUUCUACUUGGAUAAUAAAGGGAAAAAAGAAAACAAGGAAACCAAUGAGAAAAUGAAUGCUAAAAACAAAGAAUACUUACUUGAGGAAAGUUUCUGUGGCACAUCUAUCAUCGUACCAGAACUUGAAGGAGCUCUUUAUUUGAAAGAAGAUGGGAAAAAAUCCUGGAAACGGCGCUACUUUCUUCUAAGAGCUUCUGGAAUUUAUUAUGUUCCCAAAGGAAAGACAAAGACAUCCCGAGAUCUGGCGUGUUUUAUACAGUUUGAAAAUGUUAACAUUUACUAUGGAAUUCAGUGUAAAAUGAAAUACAAAGCACCCACUGACCACUGCUUUGUUUUAAAGCAUCCUCAAAUUCAGAAGGAAUCUCAGUAUAUCAAGUAUCUCUGCUGUGAUGAUGCAAGAACUCUCAGUCAGUGGGUUAUGGGAAUAAGGAUCGCCAAGUAUGGGAAGACUCUCUACGAUAACUAUCAGCGGGCUGUGGCAAGAGCUGGCCUUGCCUCUCGGUGGACGAACCUGGGGACUGUUGCUACACCCGUGCCAGCUCAGCCUUCUACAGGACUUAAAACAGGCACCAGCCAGCCCAAUGGUCAGAUGCCCCAGGCUGCGCCUUCUGCUGGUCCUCCUCUCAGGGAGGCCCUGACACAAAUAGAAACAACUAAGGUUGAAAAACAAGGCUUGGGUAACCAUUCCCCAGGAGCAACCAAGGAGAACCACCGCCCGAAGUCUAGCCUGCCACCGCCGCCCCCUCCAGUAAGACGAUCUUCUGACACCUGUGGCAGCCCCUCCUUACCACCCAAGGCCAAGGGCCCUGGCAGCUGCACCUUCUCCGCCCCGCCUGAGGACUUCCUGCCACCACCCCCGCCCCCACCGCCCGAGGAGGAUAACAGUGGGCUACUCCCACCACCGCCACCCCCACCCCCAGCCUACCAGGAGGAGCCACCAGACUUUGUGCCACCACCGCCUCCGCCUGUAGCUGUUGAAGACUCUGCAUUGCCACCCCCGCCACCACCCCCACCCUGUCUCUCCCAGGAGAUGACCAAAUCAUCUCCGUUGCCCCCCAAAAGGCCCCCAGUGCCCCCCAAGAGGCAAGAGAACCAAGGACUCCCCGUUGCAGCAGGGAACAAUGAGCAAGAUUUUAUGUCAGACCUCAUGAAAGCAUUGCAAAAGAAAAGAGGCAAUGCACCCUAGAGACGUUAGUGUCUGGGGUGCUCUCUAGCUAGAUCCAUGUUUUCGUACUCUAUUGUCAUGCAUCUUGUUCAUUUUAGUAAAAUGUUUUCCGACUAGAAAUAAUGUAAAAACUCUUCACUGUUUUGCAUACUAUGUUCAUAGCCAUUACGCUAGCACUAUUCGGGGUUUCUAACUAUAUACAUCCAAGCACACACAUCCACAUCCUGUGUGUUUUCACCUGAAUGGUUUUUUAUCUUGCAGUCCAGAUUCACUGAAAUGAUAUUCUAGGUAUGUUUUCAUGUGUUCAGAAGGCUCAAAUUUGAAAAAUUAAAGUUUGCCUAGAAAUAGUGUAUAAAUUUUGUAUGGUGUCAACACUACUUUAUAUUUGACUCUCUAAAAAUUUGAAAUUCCUA